UGAGCAGUUUCAGUUAUGAAGGCUAUCAGUGCUUUGUAUUUCGAGUCAUCUUUGUUGCAUUCGUGUUUUUGUCUUAUAAGGAAAAGAUUAAUAAUUUAAAAAGAACGAAGAAACAUUAAAUAAAUUUAAAAAUGUGGAUUAAACAUUUAAUUAUGCUGUAUACAAUCAGUUUAAGUUUUUCCGCAUCAAAUAUUUUUACAAUUGAUCAAGAUAAAUACUUAGGUGAUUCUUGUGGAUUAUGGAAUGGUUUAAAUGGAACUUGUGUGAAAGCAAAAGAAUGCAAUACAAUUAGAAAAGGCAAUAGCAUUACAAGGUGUGAAUUUGACUUUAAUACAUUGAUUGUCUGUUGUCCAAAUAUUGAAGAAAAUCAAUCUGAAACUACAAUAAUAUCAACUUUUCGAAAAACAACGGAGUUUCAAGACAAUGUUAGAGCAGACAACGAAGAAACUGCAUAUCCUGAAUUAUUAAAUCUUCACAAUCCAAGAUUUGAUAAAAUGUUGUGUAAAAAUGUUAAAACUGAAUUGAAGUUUGUUCAAAAUAUUGUUGGUGGAUCAAUGGUGGAAGUAGCUGAGUUUCCCUAUCAAGUGAUCCUCGGUUAUUUGAAAGAUAACAAAAUUGAAUUUAAUUGUGGAGGUUCGCUUAUUGCCAACAAUCUAGUCCUAACGGCAGCUCAUUGUGUUAAUAAAUUACAACCUGAAGUUGUUAGAUUAGGAAGAACAUCUCUUGUUGACAACGAAGAUGAUUAUGGACCAGUAGUGGAUGUUGGAAUUAAAAAAAUUAUAUUUCACAAAGAUUACAACUUAAUCAGAAAAACGCAUGACAUUGCAUUGAUACAGCUCAAUAAUCCUGUUGAGUAUUCAUAUUUUAUAAAACCUAUUUGCCUUUCACAAAAUGACGACAUUUGGAGUAAAAAUUUAACAGUGUCUGGGUAUGGAAUAAUGAAUACAGACAAAAAUAUAAAAUCAAAUUGGCUAAUGAAAGCUACAGUCCAAGAAUAUGACUUCGAUGAUUGUAGAAAAGAAUAUGAGGAACUCAAUAAAACAGUUGUAAAAUCACAGAUGUGUGCGAUAGGUUUGAAUGGUGCUGAUGCUUGUUCAGGUGAUUCAGGAGGUCCACUAAUUUAUGAGGAAGAUUCACAAGAUCGUCUAAUCGGAAUCACAUCUUAUUCAAUUGGAUGUGGAUCUGAGUUUCCAGCUGUUUAUACAAGAAUUGGUGAAUUUUUGAAAUGGAUAGAAUUAAAUGUUAACAAAUUGGAUCAAGAUUCCAACUCUUAAUCUGGAUUUAAUUCUUGAUGUUUAUUUUUAAGUUUCGUACCUAGAUUCUGAUGAAAUCAAAUCUUAGAGAUGACGAAUAUUAUUAAUAUUUAUGAAGUUCAAUAAUUAUCAAAUUUUUAAAGAUGCUCAAUCGUGCAAAAAACAAAUUUUAUGAAUUUCACAAUACAUUUAAUGAUGAUUUUGUUUUACUUCAACUGACCUGAUGAAUAUUCG